AUGUCUCGAGAUCGUAGAUCAAGAAGAGCUCGUAACAAAUCAAGAGAUCUCGAAUCACGAAGACGUAGCAGAAGAAGAAAUCAUAGUGCAAGAAAUGGUAGAACAAGUAGUGAAAGAAGAAAAGGUAAAAGCUCAAGGACAGUUAGCAGAGGAAGUAUAAGGCAUCGAUACAAAGUAAGAGAUGGAGAACAAUCUCUUCCUGAUCCUGCUUCAACUAAUUUACAACAGCAACAACAAAAUAAUACACCAGUAGGAGAGGAGCAACAACAAAAUAUGGCAAAUGGAAUACAAGCAAAUACUCCAACAAUUGUACCAAAUCAAAUUUAUCCUACACCUGUUAAUUAUGAUCCAAAUCAAAAAGCUAUGGGUGAGACAACUUCCAAAUCUUUAGAAAAUUCAAAUAAACAAAGUGGUGGAGGAAGUUUCUCUGAAUCUACUAAAACAAUUAACAAAAGAGUAAAAAGAACAACACCAAACUUUGGUUCAAAUUAUAAUAGUUUCACAAUUACAAGCCAAAAAGUUGAUGGAAAAAUAAUACAUUCAAUUACUACAACAACAACAGAAAAUAUUCCAAGAAAAUUACAUUUUGAUUGUGAUAAAAAUGUUUUAGGAAAUAAAAAUAUUUUAGAUAAUUUUGAAAUUCAAAAAAUAUGUAAAAACAUUCAAAAUGGUAUUAAAUUUGGAAAUUGUCCCAAAGAAACAAUAACUCCUAGAAAAUAUAAUAAUAAACAACUAAAAACAUUCAAUGAUGGUAUUGUUUUCAAGACAAAAGAUGAUGUUAAAUUAAAUGAUCGUGAAAUAUUCCUAGCAAAAAUGCGUUCAUUGCAAAAAAAAAUUUAUAUUUCUUAA